AUGGGAGAGGUUUGUGGGUGGGGGGUCAUCCUUGAGGCGAUUUACCGGCGUCUGAAACGCGCGGUCUGUACCGUAAAUUCGCUUAUGCGACCCCUUGGGGCGCUUGCCCUGCCCGAUGAAAGUGGCGUGGGUGUGGAUCGCAACUCGGGAUGGGCUCCGGCGUAUCGUACGCGCAUACGUUCAGGUGGGCGUCGACGCAGUGACGAAUCCGUCCGCUGGCGGGUGCGUUAA